ACAGGCACAGGUGUUGGUGAUGGAGGGAGAUUCUGUCACUCUGGACAGUAAUUUUACAGACUUACAGAUGGAAGAUCAAAUCCUGUGGAUGUUUGGACCUCGAGAGAGACUCAUUGCUGAAAUUCUUAAUAAACAUGUCUACCUAUUUGGCUAUGAUAGUGGGAGGUCCAUUGACAGACUCCUGCUUGACAGUCAAACUGGAGAUCUCGACAUCACAAACACCAACAAAACAAUCUCUGGAAUCUAUAAACUACAGAUCAACAGUAAACAUUUCAAAUGCAGUGGUUUCAAUGUUACUGUCUAUACUCAUCUGCCCAUUCCUGUCAUCACCAGAGAAUCUCCACAAUGUUCUUCAUCAUCAUCAGGAUCAUCAGUGUCCAGUUGUUCAUUGCUGUGUUCAGUGUUGAAUGUGGGUCAUGUGACUCUCUCCUGGUACAAAGGAAACAGUUUAUUGUCCAGCAUCAGUGUGUCUGAUCUCAGCAUCAGUCUCUCUCUACCUCUGGAGGUGGAAUAUCAGGAUAAAAACACCUACAGCUGUGUGCUCAACAAUCCCAUCAGCAACCAGACCAGACAUCUGGACAUCAGUCAGCUUUGUUCAGGUGUUGAUACAGAUGUAAUGAAGUCGAUAUCAGUGAUGGAGGGAUAA